AUGGAUUGUUGCUGCUUCCCUAAGCUCGUGGAUCCGGCCGAGACCUUCCUAUGUUGCCUUCCCCUGGGCGCGGGGGUGAAGCUCCUCAUGUGGCCGCACCAAGCGCUCACACUCUACACAGUCGCUACCGCCGCGGAGAACCUGAUCGCUGGCGACCUGGGAGCCACGGGAACAUCUCAAAUGUUCGAAACCAUCUGGUCUGUCCCGAUCAUCACGGCGGGCCUCUGGGGAGUCUACCACCGGUUAGAGCCGCACGUGCGACUCUACUGGUACUACUUAGUUCUGAGCUUCUUCAUUGACAUGUACUACGUCGUCGACAUCUUCCUUCUGCGCGACGCUUGUGUCCACCUAGCCCUGGAAGUCCAAAGCCGGCAGGGCCAGGCCUUCGCCUGUGGCGUGGCUCGGAGUGUGAGCACCGCCAGCGCCGUGGUUCUUACCCUCCUCUUUCUGUACCUGAUCUACAUCGUCUGGAGCUGGUGUGAGGAUGUGGAAGGCACCGGCGCCGCAGACGCCAUGGCCAGCUUGUUGGACAUGGCAGAGGGCAAGCGGCCGCAACGGGGCUACGGCUGGUCGCCCAAUGACCUGCCAGAGCUGCUUGGCCCCAGCAUGGAUGCCACCGCCUCCAUCAUUUCCGGGGCUGGCAUCUUCUACGGUUCCAUCAGCAAUGCCAUCAACAGGGAAGCCAAGAUGGUGGGCCAGUUCGUCGUAGAGGAGGUUGGCGACAUCGAGCGCUAUGCGACAGGCCGAGUGGAGCACAGGGGCCUGCAGGCCUUGAGCAGCGCUGACCGGCAGCUGAGCGAAUCGGAGCCGAAGGAGAAAAGGGAGAAUGCUCUAGUCUUCCUCGUGGUCGCUUGCGUGGGAGUGGCCGCUGUAGCUUCAGGUGCUGCCAAGGAGCCGACCAUCAAUGGCCCUGUGAUCGGCGUAGAUCUUGGGACCACUUACUCUUGCGUCGGCAUCUACAAGCAGGGCAGAGUCGAGAUACUUCCCAACGACCAGGGAAAUCGCAUCACACCCUCGUAUGUGGCGUUUACUGAUGAAGAGCGGCUCAUAGGCGAGGCCGGAAAGAACCAGGCCGCGGUAAAUCCCACACAGACCUUGUUUGACGUGAAACGUUUGAUGGGGAGGCGCUUCAAGGACUCUACCGUGCAGGAGGACAUGAAGCUGCUACCAUUCAAGAUUGUGGACAAGGGCGGGAAACCGAUGAUCAGCGUCAAGGUGAAGGGUGCGGAGAAGAUCAUGCCUCCGGAGGAGGUGUCCUCCAUGGUCCUCGCAAAGAUGAAGGAGACAGCUGAGAACUAUUUGGGCCAGGAGGUUCAGCAUGCGGUCGUGACUGUACCUGCAUACUUCAAUGAUGCUCAGCGCCAG